AUGAAAAUUUUAACGGCAGAGAUUACUGCGGACCCUGAUCCUGGAUUCGAUGUUUUCUUCAAAACGAAUCUAGCGGAGAUGGAAAAUGUUCCGAUAUAUUUUGACAAACCGAUUCCUACAUGGCUCAAAGGAACACUGAUCAGAAAUGGUCUCGGCAGGUUUGAAGUCGGAAAUCGGAGAUUUGUUCAUUCCUUUGACGCUUUUGGGAAACUUAGCAGCUGGAUUUUCCCCGGAAACGGUUCAGCAUUUUUCACCACAAAAUACCUCCAAUCGGACUUCUAUAAAGAUUCCGUUGACAAAAACGACAUUGCGAGUUAUCUGAUGUUUGAGAGUGUAGUUCCAGAAUUUAACGAGUUUCAAAAGUUGCAGGCUCUUGCGAGAGGAAUUGACAAUAUGAACGUAAAUGUUUACAAAUUCACUGACCAGGAACACGGUAAUAUCAGCCAGUACGUCGUUUUAAACGACUUCUGGAAACUCUACCAGAUAGAACCGUCUUCCCUUUCUACAAUGAAGUCUAUCACCGCAGCUGUUCCGAGUGGCAAACAUUCCGGAGGAUUCGCGUUUUUGAGCUUCCUGUCGUCUGCUCACCCACUUCCGGAAAGCGGUACGUCGAAUCAUUUUACAUUUGUAUCAAGCGUGAGUUUAAUUCCCGGAAUUAAAAGCAAGAUUAGCCUUAUCCGGAUAAAAUCAACAACAGAACGUGAAUCUGUCGCUGAGUGGGACGUCGACAAAGUACCGUAUAUGCACUCAUUUUCGGCGACGCCAAAUUACGUCAUAAUUUUUGCUGCUCCUUUUUAUAUUAACGUUGAAAAAAUCCUGCGCACUGCCGAACCAUUUGAGAGUCUGGAUUGGUUCGCAGACCAGGACACAACUGUUUAUGUCAUACAUAUCAAGACGGGAGAAGUAAAAACCAUGAGGAUUCCAAAUGUCUUUACCAUGCAUCAUAUCAACGCUUUUGAAGGAGCCGACUCGAAGAUUGUCGUAGAUGUUUCAGCUUACAAAAGCCCUGCUUUUGUUAAAAAUCUAGAAAUCGCAAUUUUACGGGACUCUAAAAGGCGGAAUAAUUUUGAUGCCCAUGCUAUGGUGAAACGUUAUGUCAUUGACAUUGAGAAUAACCACGUGACCGUUGCAACAUUUGAAACCAACGAAUCAAACGGUGUUCUAUGUGCGGACAAGCUGGAUCUACCAACAAUAAAUGAAGAAUAUCGUUAUCAAAACUACUGUUUUGUGUACGGCGUCGUACUAAAAUGGGACAACACCCGAUUAAGCCGUAUUGCUAUUGUUAAGAAGGAUCUCUGUGGACAAAACCGAGACCGCAUGUGGUUCGUACCUAACCAUUAUCCAGUAGAAUCCUGGUUCGUACCCUUCCCGUCAUACAAAUCGAAAGGUGAAGACAAUGGAUACCUCUUAGUUCCGGUUUUAGAUGGUAUCAAGAAAAGAUCCUAUCUCGCGUUUAUUGACGCAAGAACAAUGACCACGACUCACAUUGCUUAUCUUCCUAUCGCUAUCCCUUUCGGUCUUCAUGGACGAUUUUUUCCGGAAUUAGUCGAUGUUCCUGGCGAAACAAAGUUUAACGGCGCGACUAAACGGAAGAUUAAGUACAACUUGUUUAACGAAACAUGA